AAAACUUAUGGGUUUUGAAGAAAAAAUCAUGAAAACUUUAGUUACAUAAAAAAUUACUUGGAGUUUUAAGUUUUGUCAGGUAGCAGCAAAAAUACCUCAUUAAAAAGGGUUUUUAUUGAGUUGAUUGAGUAAUCGAAAGUUUUAAAACUAUAAAAGUCAAUAGCCUUAAUCUGCUAUAAAAAACAAGAACGAUUUCGACCCUGGAGAACCCGUCAAAAAACUGUCAAAAAUUGAAAAACGUAAAAAUUGUUAAGCCAAUAAUUUUAUUUGUUUAUUGUUUGAAUGUCACAUGUUUAUUACAUGAGAAUAGAGUGUAUAUCUUGACAUAACAAAAAUAUCAAUAUUGCUGUCAGCCAUGGAAUGUACAUAUGAGUUCAUAAGCAAUAUGAAUAUGUGCAUGAAGUUGAUUAAGAUUUCAAGUAUUCUUAGAAAUUUUAAAUAGCACGACAUUUUUAGUUUUUCGUUUUUCAAAGAUUUAAGUUUUAACUUGGCUGAAUGUAGUAAAGAAUGAAAGACUUCUUCAUUUCGAGUUUCACUGGACGGACAACUUUGAAAAAAAAAUACUACAAAAAACUAUUUAGUGUUGAUUAACUUUAAACAUCUUGUUAUUAAUCUUGUUAUCUUAUAAGGAUAAAAAUUAAAAUAUUUGCAAUGACAUAUUGUGAUAAGAAAUUUGCGAAUAUUUUUUGAAAUUAAUUUUUUAUUGCAAAAUGCAGAACUUUAAAUUUGAUCUUGUUUAAAAAUCUUUUUAAAAAGGUACAUAAAAAUGGAAGAGUGGAAAAGUUUGUGCAGACUUUGCGCUUGUGGCGAAGCAGGUGAAAUAGAUAUAUUUGUUAGAGAUCCGGAGAGUAAUUUUGCUAUUGCAGAGGACUUAGUUAAGUUUUGUAACUUAAAGUUGGAAAAUAGAAUCAAUUUGCCAUCUAAAAUAUGCAACAACUGUUAUGUUAGUAUAAUGAGUUUAAAAGAUUUCAUAACUAACUCUUUUAAUACUCAACAAAUGUUUAUUGAAUUUUUACAAAAUAGUUCAGAUAAUUGGGAAUAUCUACGUAGCAAAUAUAAAUUUACUUGUGCUAAUGUAAUCAAAGAAGAAGCUGAUGUAUUAUCAAUUCCGGAAUUGAUAGAGUCACACGAGGAAAACAUUUUAAAAGAAGCUAAGGGAGUCGGUGAUUUGAUUGGAACAUCGAAUUCAGGAGAUGCGUCUAAUUACAGUUUGUUGAACGACAUUGAAUGUGAAAUUAGCAUUAAAAAUUUUAAACAAUCUUACCAAAUUAAGGAAAUAACAUGUGCUGGAAAUAUAUCUAAUGCAAACAAACUAGAAAAGGUAAAUAAUGUGAAGGAUUUUAAGAAAAAGCCUGUUCAGUGCAAAAUAUGUGAAAAAAAAUUUUCAAAUCAAGGAGGAUUAACAGUUCACAUGAAAAUAAAGCAUUCUAUUCUGAAAGAUCCAUAUAAAUGUAAAUUUUGUGAUAAAACAUUUGAAAUAAGAUCAAGACUGGAAGCUCAUGAAAAUGCACAUUUACCCUGUGGCGAACGUAAGCAAUUAUCUUGCCCACAUUGUGAAAAAAAAUUCAAUUCAGAGGGUGGAAGAUGGUCACACAUACAUUCAGUUCACGAUAAAAAACAAGUUGUAAUAUGCGAAGAAUGUGGUAAAGAAUUUCGUACAAAACGUCAUUUGGCCAAACAUAAAAUCAGUCAUUCAAAUGUAAAAAACUUACAAUGUCCAUAUUGUCCCGCAAGAUUUAAAGCAAAAGUUGGGUUAAAGGCACAUACAUUAAUUCAUGGAGAAUCAUUUCCUUGUUCAAUUUGCGGUAUUCUCUUAAACACGAAACAACUGCUCAAAAAACAUAUGGUGGUCCAUUCAGAUGUAAAAGACUUUAAGUGCAAUUUUUGUAACAAAGAAUUUAAGAGAUCUAAAGAUUUGCACUGUCAUUUAAUAAUUCAUAUUGGUGUAAAACCCUACGAAUGUCGCAUAUGUAGUGAAAGAUUUGUUCAUAAAGUAUCAUAUCAUCGACAUUUAAAAGCUACACAUCCUACUGAAUUUGCUGAAAUGCUCGCAAAAGGCGAACGUAUAUCGUGCACUCAUUUUCCUUCAGCAGAACAAUUGAAAGCAAUUAAUGAAGCCGCUAAGCAUACUCAAUAAUCUCAAUUAAAUUUUUAAAAGUAAGAAAAUAAAUAAUUAUCGCGUUAUUAUUAUUAUAUAGAUUUUUUCAUAUUUUAUUAUUAUAUUAACUUCAUAAAGCUUAAACGAAUUCAGCGCCAAAUGAUUUUGAAAAUAAUUUGUUUUUGUUUUUAUCAUUUACUGUUUUAAAUAAACAAGUUACAUUAUAUCAAAAAAUUUCAUUUUUAUGUAAUUGAAAAUCAAAUAAAAGUGUAGCUAUUUAUUA